AUGGCAGGAAAAAGAGAAAUGAAGAUCGAUGCCCCUAAAUCCGGCUUAGCAGUCGGUUUGAACAAAGGCCACAUCACUACACCAAUACCUUUGGUGAAGUCUGUACGCCCAAGUCGCAGGAAGGGAUUGAAGACCAACAGCAACACCCUUGUGUCCGAGGUCAUUCGUGAGGUCUGCGGUUUUGCCCCUUAUGAAAGGCACAUGAUCGAGCUUAUCAAAACCGGUUCAUCAUCUGCCCAGAAGCGUGCUCUUAAGUUUGCUAAGAAGCGUUUGGGUACCCUUCGUCGUGCGAAGGCUAAGAACGAAGAGAUGAUACGCGUGGUCGAGCUCCAGCGCAAGCGCAAAGCAUAA